GAAGGAGUUGCGUGGCUCGUCAAUUGAAUUUAAUUUUCGACUAUUUCGGUGCAAAAAAAUGUAUUUAGGACCGUUUAUUGCUGGCCGUCGUCAACGUCGAUCGAACUAUGUACGAGCACUCGCUUCUCGAGAAGCCAUUCCUAACGAUAUUGUGAAUGCUGCUGCUGAGGCCAAUGAUGUGGCAGAUAUGGACGCAGAGUCUGAUGCUUUCGAAACUGGCGAGCCGAAUCCAAUAGCGGGUCUGAGAGCAGUUGCUGUUCAGCCUGCAGAGCCGUUGGGCGUGGAAGCGGGCCAAGUUAUUGGUAUGGGAUACCUUAUGAACUACUCGAACGAUCCGUGUCCCUCAUAUGGUGUUGUGUGGCCCCUUUCCUCCAUGCCCUUUAACAAUGGUAUGGGUCAUUUUUAUCGUUUAACCUUGGGGCCUCCAGAACGUGUAAUGCAACUUCCGCCGCAAGUGCAAUAUUCCCCGAGUAAGAACGAAGCCUGGAAGUUGGUCACCUCCAGCGCCAUUCAUGGGGACUUUUUACAAGUUUCGGCGGACUUGCUUGCCGUACGAGGGUACAGGGACCGCCUAAAAUUCAAAAUAACUCAUUAUCUGGUCGCGUCGGAGCGCACCGUCAAUAUACGCGACUUUUGGCAUCAGGAGGUAAAACCAGGCGCACGCGCUCUCUUCCGUUUGGUACCCCAGAAGGGGGAACACCGGGACAUUGCUCGCAUUCUCCACGAAUACUAUACAAUUAAUGAUUUAGUCGGCGAGAUCAACGAUCACGGCAAUCGUAUGGCUAUUGUGGCGAUGCAGUCCGGUCGUUGGUAUCAGCACGCCAAGAGUUGCUCCCUCAGCAUGCCCAGCUUCCGCUUGGUUCGCAAGUGCCUGGUAUUGGUGAUUUUUGGAAAGGAGUAGGCCUGGCAAGACUUACGUGACCAAUUUUCCAGCAGGAAUGGUAACUAUAACAGACGAACCCUAUUAUUGUUUAACUGCUUUCUACAGUCAGGAGUAAAAAGGAGCACAACAAAUACAGAAUAACGCAUUCAUUCAUCUAACUAUAUUGAUUGUUUUAAAACCUUAUUACUCACAAUUAUACACAUUUACUAUACACAUAAAUAUCAAAUACCGAAUAAAUCUUUUACAAUACACCUGCUUGAAAUAAAUGAAACGAUUAAAUA